AUGCCACUCGUUCUAUCUAUGAAGUGUUUGCCCGCAACACAGGGCAUUGGCCUGCUUAGUUCUCAUAUUUUAAAGCGAUUUUCAUCCUCAAAACGAUGGCAAGCCCGUCAGCUCAAGGAUCGUUUCACAAGGGAAGCAGCAGUGCAGGGCCUAAAAAGCCGCGCGGCCUUCAAGCUCCUCCAAAUAGACGAGAAAUACCACAUCUUUGAGAGCGGACAAACGGUUGUUGAUUUAGGUUAUGCUCCUGGCUCUUGGUCCCAAGUAGCAGUAGCUAGAACGCAACCACACGGCCGUGUCCUUGGCGUUGACAUUAUUCCGGCCCAGCCCCCCAAGGGAGUGUCUACGAUUCAAGGCAACUUCCUCGACCCGAAUAUCCAGGCCUAUGUACGCGAAUUUGUGCGCGACGCCAAUAGGGGUAGACCACAUCCUCCAAGUACGAUUUUGGAUGCCGAAUACGAUGACACGCAGCUCAAAUCGGAUGCGAACGCGAGCUCUGAUAAGCAAACCGACCCCAAGCAAUGGGAUCGCAACUACUCGGUAGAUGUUGUCCUAAGCGAUAUGAUGAUGAACACAAGCGGUAUUAGUUUCAAAGACCAUGCAGGUAGUAUGCUUUGCAGUUCAGCCAAGAAGUUCUCCGCACUGGAGGGCACUUCGUCUGCAAAUUUUACCAAGGAGCCGAAGAUAAGGCCCUAG